UCACGGUGGUGGGAGCAGCCCCCAACCACCCACAGGGUUCUGGGGACCUAAGGCUGCCUGGGGGAACCAGGGCCACAGCUGGCAGUGAGGCAGCUCAUGGUCAGCAGUGAUGAGAAGCCAGAAAAAUGCGAGCAGCCCAAGGCAGGCCCCAGAGCGGGUGGGCAGAGGCAGCCGGAAGGCCUUGCGCAUCUGGUUCGGCAGGAUGUCGGUGAAGGAGGGUGCACAGCGCAAGUGGGCAGCACUGAAGGAGAAGCUGGGGCCGCAGGACACGGACCCCACGGAGGCCAACUUGGAGAGCGCGGACCCCGAGCUGUGUGCGCGGCUGCUGCAGGUGCCUUCCGUGGUCAACUACUCGGGGCUGCGCAAGCGGCUGGAGAGCAGUGAUGGUGGCUGGAUGGUGCAGUUUCUGGAGCACAGCGGCCUGGACCUACUGCUUGAGGCGCUGGCGCGGUUGUCGGGCCGCAGUGUGGCACGCAUCGCUGAUGCCCUACUGCAGCUCACCUGCGUCAGCUGCGUGCGCGCCGUCAUGAACUCGCCGCAGGGCAUUGAAUACAUCCUGGGCAACCCGGCCUACGCCCGCCAGCUCUCUCGCGCCCUGGACACGUCUAACGUGAUGGUCAAGAAGCAGGUGUUUGAGCUGCUGGCUGCCCUCUGCAUCUACUCCCCCGAGGGCCAUGCCCUGACCCUGGACGCCCUGGACCAUUACAAGAGCGCAUGCAGCCAGCAGUACCGCUUCAGCGUCAUCAUGAGCGAGCUCUCUGACAGCGACAACGUGCCCUAUGUCGUCACCCUGCUGAGUGUGAUCAACGCCGUCAUCCUGGGCCCAGAGGACCUUCGCACCCGUGCCCAGCUGCGGAGCGAGUUUGUUGGGCUGCAGCUGCUAGACAUCCUGACCCGGCUACGAGACCUGGAGGACCCUGACCUGCUGAUCCAGCUCGAGGCCUUUGAGGAGGCCAAGGCUGAGGACGAGGAGGAGCUGCUGCGUGUGUCUGGAGGAGUUGACAUGAACAGUCACCAGGAAGUCUUUGCCUCCCUGUUCCACAAGGUGAGCUGCUCGCCAGCAUCUGCCCAGCUGCUGUCCGUGCUGCAGGGCCUCCUGCACCUGGAGCCCACCCACCGCUCCAGCCAGCUGCUCUGGGAGGCCUUGGAGAGCCUGGUGAACCGGGCUGUGCUCCUGGCCAGUGAUGCCCAAGACUGUACCCUGGAGGAAGUGGUUGAGCGGCUCCUGUCUGUCAAGGGGCGGCCCCGACCAAGCCCCCUGGACAAGGCCCACAAGAGUGUCCAGGCCAACCUAGUCCAGAGCCAGAGGGGCAGCUCCCCUGAGAACAGCACUGCCCCCAAGGCCAGCGUGGAGGGCCAUCAGCCAGCAGUGGCACACACCUGCCAGCACGUGGGCAGCAUCCAGAGCACCAGUGGUGGGACAGCCUCACAGCUGAGAGCACUGGAACAGCAGGCACCCACCCUACCCCCACCUGCACCCCCUCUUCCCAGCUCCGUGCCAGGGCUCCCUCCUUCCCCUCUCCCCUUACCAUGCCUGGAGGCCACAUCCCCCCCAGUGCCCCCUCCCCCACCACCCCUGCCAAGCCUGGGGGCUAUGUCCCUACCACCACCCCCACCUCCACCUCCCCUUCCAAGUGUGGGGGCCACAUCCCCACCACCACCACCCUUGCCAGGCUCCCGUGAGAUCUUGCCCCCACCACCUCCACCACUGCCAGGCAUGGGGUGUCCACCUCCACCCCCCAUUCCAAGUGUGGGGGCCACAUCCCCACCACCACCACCACCCCUGCCAGGCUCCCGUGAGAUCUUGCCCCCACCACCUCCACCACCCCCGCUGCCUGGAAUGGGCUGGGGACCCCCUCCACCUCCACCCCUACCCGGCCUCUCUGCCAUGGGCAGUGUGGAGGAGGCCAUCGUGGCCCAGGUGGACCACAGCCUGGGCUCAGCCUGGGUCCCCAGCCACAGGCGAGUCAACCCGCCCACGCUGCGCAUGAAAAAACUGAACUGGCAGAAGCUGCCGUCCAACGUGGCACGUGAGCACAACUCCAUGUGGGCCACACUCAGCAGUCCCUGUGCUGAGGUGGUGGAGCCGGACUUCUCCAGCAUCGAGCGUCUCUUCUCCCUCCCUGUGGCCAAGCCCAAGGAGCCCACUAUAGCCUCUACGCCAGCCAGGAAGGAGCCCAAGGAGAUUACAUUCCUUGAUUCCAAGAAGAGCCUGAACCUCAACAUCUUCCUGAAGCAGUUUAAAUGUUCCAAUGAGGAUGUCACCGCCAUGAUUCGGGCUGGGGACACCACCAAAUUUGAUGUGGAAGUUCUCAAACAGCUCUUCAAGCUCCUUCCAGAGAAGCAUGAGAUUGAAAACCUGCGAGCAUUCACAGAAGAGCGGGCCAGGCUGGCCAACGCUGACCAAUUCUACCUCCUCCUGCUGGACAUCCCUUGCUACCAGCUGCGCGUUGAGUGCAUGCUGCUCUGCGAGGGCUCAGCUGUUGUCCUGGACACGGUGCGGCCCCGGGCCCAGCUAGUGCUUGCCGCCUGCGAAACCUGGUGCCUCUCCACAGGCCUGCUCACCAGCCACCAGCUGCCUGUCUUCUGCCAACUGAUCCUGAAAAUCGGGAACUUCCUCAACUACGGCAGCCACACGGGUGAUGCUGAUGGCUUCAAGAUCAGCACGUUGCUGAAGCUCACGGAGACCAAGUCCCAGCAGAACCGCGUGACACUGCUGCACCAUGUGCUGGAGGAAGUGGAAAAGAGCCACCCGGACCUCCUGCAGCUGCCCCAGGACCUGGAGCAGCCCUCCCAGGCAGCAGGCAUCAACCUAGAGACCAUCCGCUCAGAGGCCAGCUCCAACCUGAAGAAGCUUCUGGAGACGGAACAGAAGGUGUUAGCCUCGGUGCCCGAGGUGCAGGAGCAGUAUGCCAAGCGGCUCCAGGCCAGCAUCGUAGCCUCCCGUGAGCUGGAUGAGCUUUUUGAGGCCAUUGAGCAGAAGCGGCGGGAGCUGGCUGACUACCUAUGUGAGGAAGCCCAGCAGCUAUCCCUGGAAGACACCUUCAGCACCAUGAAGACCUUCCGGGACCUCUUCAUCCGUGCCUUGAAGGAGAACAAGGAGCGGAAGGACCAGGCGGCCAGGGCAGAGCGGAGGAAGCAGCAGCUGGCUGAAGAAGAGGCGCGCAGGCCGCGGGGCGAGGAUGGGAAGCUGGGCAGGACGGGGCCUGGGAAGCAGGAGGAGGUGUGUGUCAUCGAUGCCCUGCUGGCCGACAUUAGGAAAGGCUUCCAGCUUCGGAAGACAGCCCGCGGCCGCACGGACAUGGAUGGGGGCAGCAAGGCAGCCGCAGCGGACCCCCUGAGGGUCACAGAGCCUGCGGCCAGCAGAGACACUGCAGGAGGCCCCAGGCACAAUACCCACUGCCCCCGCUCGGAACCAGGCCUUGAUGCUGCAGCCACCAGCAAACCCCAGAGUUGGGACCUUGUAGACGCUGUGACUUCCAGCCCACAGCCCACCCAUGAGCCCUCAGAGGAGGGUGGUCCCAGGCCCCUGGAAAGGCGUUCUUCCUGGUACGAAGAUGCCAGUGAUUUCCUAGCUCCUGAGGGCACACAGUGCCCCCUGCCCUCUGAGGGGGCCUGGCCAGUGACUCUGGGCAAUGCUCAAGCCCUAAAGCACCUCAAGUUCUCAAGCAGUGACCAGCCCCCUGAGGCUCAAGGUUCCAGCCACAGCACCAAGGGCAUCACAGGCAGCAUCCACCAGGCUGCAGCCGACAGCACAAGCCAGGGGCUGGAGGACACAGGGGUCCAUGGCUGCAGUGCCAAUCUCCCUGCUACAAGCCUUGGUGGGGACGCAGAUGAGGAGGACACGGCCCCAGAGUCCGCUUUAGACACGUCCCUGGACAGGUCCUUCUCUGAGGAUGCAGUGACUGAUUCCUCAGGGUCUGGCACACUCCCCAGGGCCUGGGGUCGGUCCACAAAGGGGCCAGGCAGGCGAAGAAAGAAGCGUCCUACAAGGAGCCAGGAAGAGGUUGUCCCUGAUUCUGAUGAUAGUAAAACAAAAAGGCUGUGUGUGAUCCAGUGAGGCCUCAGGCCCAAGCCUAAAGCCAAGUGAGGGAGCCCUCAGGCCUGCCUGGGCACAGCAGGGGCUGUCAACGCGCUACUGUGGGAGGCCCUACCAGGGCAGGCUGGGACUGGGCUCCUGGGAAACCAAAACACCGUGCCUUACUCAGCGAGGGCCUUCCCAGCCUUCCUGGGGUGUUGUGCCCAGAACCCCAGCAGGCACUGCUGCCUGCCCAGCCCAGCACCCUCCUUGCCUGCCUGCAUGCACCCAGCCCCUCCCGACCCGCU